AUGGACGGCAUUGUAUUGGAUUUAUUGGAACCACCUGUUCGAGGUGAAAAAUCGCAUGAAUCUCGCAGGGUGGUUGAAAGGCACGAACGAAGAGAACGCAAAUGUCCCGGUUGUGCGCAACUAAAAUUGGGAAGUUGUUGGAACGGUGUUUAA